AUGAAGCUCUCAACCAGUCUUGGAGCAAGUCUCUAUGCAGCCAUAGCCACCGCAUCAUUCACCAAUUCUCAAAAGAUCCAACCCCGGGAAUACGACUUUUCCGACGUCAGCGGAGCAAUGUGGCAAGGAGAAAUCCACCCCGGCGAGAAGCUCACGCUCCGCGGCACGGUGCAAGACAUUUCCAAGUCCAUCAGAUCUCUCAGCCCGUCCUCUGAGGGCCACAACUACACCGCGUCUGCACCCGAAGCGGACAAUGAAAAGCGAUAUGUAUGGGUCGAGAGAAACAUUGACUGCAAUUACGGCGACUGGGCAGACAGAUCGACGACGUGGAGAGGCAUUACUUAUCUCCGCGAGAGCUACAACGGCAAAAUGCAAUGCACUGCCAGGCCGGGCUUCGGUCCCGGGCGCGGAACCUGCUCUCGCGUCAGCUGCGACAACGGCGUGGGUAUCUGGUUCUGCAACGACAAUCUAUACGAGUACAUAGUACCCUGCAGCGUUAUUGCCGACGUGGCCGAUCGUCUCAUCUCCCAAUGCUUCGAGCCCGACGGCGACGUCGUCAAAGUCAGAGGCCAGAUCUUCUCGGUUGAUGAUUGGAAUGUCAUUGUUCGGAGCACGAGCUGUGGCUGA